UACGCAGAAAUAGGUGAUGGUUGAAGAUGUAAGUGGCGUCCGUCUCAGCUCUCCAAAGCUGUAUGCUUUGGUUGAGAGUGGCGCGGCGCACUCUGCCCCUCACCGAAAACCACCUGUAUGGAUGACUAUUCCUCCAGCGUGAGCCAGUCGCCCUCAUUAGCCAGGGACAAAGGAAGAAACGUGAAUGACAACCCGGGUAAUGGUAAAGUGGAGCAGGGCAUCAUGACGGUAGAGAACAUGCUGGAGGAGUCCGCGGUGCUCUCGGCGCCUCACCUGUCGGUGGAUCGAUAUGAACGCAGCCGCCAGGGAUGCUGCGAGAGGGUGGUCAUCAACAUUUCGGGUUUACGCUUCGAGACACAACUUAAAACUUUCAACCAGUUCCCAGACACGUUGCUGGGGGACCCCCGGAAAAGGAUGCGCUACUUUGACCCACUUAGGAAUGAGUACUUCUUCGACAGGAACAGACCGAGCUUUGAUGCCAUCCUGUACUAUUACCAGUCAGGAGGGCGCAUUCGGAGACCUGUUAACGUCCCCAUUGAUAUUUUCUCAGAGGAGAUCAGGUUUUACCAACUCGGAGAAGAGGCCAUGGAGAAAUUCCGUGAAGAUGAAGGAUUUAUAAAAGAGGAGGAGCGCAUACUCCCCAAAAAUGAUUACCAAAAGCAGGUUUGGCUUUUGUUUGAGUAUCCUGAAAGCUCUGGGCCAGCAAGAGGAAUUGCCAUAGUUUCAGUACUGGUUAUAUUAAUUUCAAUUGUUAUUUUCUGUAUGGAGACUCUUCCAGAAUUUCGGGACGAAAAAGACAUAGCCACAGUGGCACCCUCGGUUAAUGGCACCGCUCCAUACGUGCCAAGUCCGUUCACAGAUCCCUUCUUUGUAAUCGAAACGCUGUGUAUUAUAUGGUUCUCUUUCGAGUUGCUGGUCAGGUUUUUUGCCUGCCCCAGCAAAACCACUUUCUCCAAAAACAUAAUGAAUAUCAUUGAUAUUGUCGCCAUAAUCCCUUACUUUAUCACUCUGGGGACAGAGCUGGCGGAGAGGCAAACCAACAGUGGCCAACAGGCGAUGUCCCUCGCUAUCCUGAGGGUGAUCAGACUUGUGAGAGUUUUUCGUAUUUUUAAGCUUUCACGACAUUCAAAGGGGCUACAGAUUUUGGGACAGACUCUCAAGGCCAGCAUGAGGGAGCUGGGAUUGCUCAUAUUUUUUCUUUUCAUCGGAGUCAUUCUUUUCUCCAGCGCGGUUUACUUUGCAGAAGCAGACGACCCAUCAUCCAGCUUCACCAGCAUCCCUGAUGCUUUUUGGUGGGCAGUUGUCACUAUGACCACCGUCGGAUAUGGGGACAUGCAUCCAGUGACCAUUGGUGGCAAAAUAGUGGGGUCGCUGUGCGCAAUAGCGGGCGUUCUAACCAUUGCCUUACCUGUGCCAGUGAUUGUGUCCAAUUUCAACUACUUUUACCACCGAGAGACCGACGGAGAGGAGCAUCAACAGUACCUGAACACAGGUAGCUGCGAGCAUCUCCCUCCCGAGGAGCUGAGGAGGUCGUUCAGCUCAUCAUCUCUCAGCAAGUCAGAAUACAUGGUGAUAGAAGAGGGCAUCAAGCAGCCUAAUUUCACCACAGAAAACAACCAGAACUGCGUAAACAUAAAAAAAAUCUUCACGGACGUGUAAAUGAACCCCAUAAUGGAUCAUUUAUGAAGCAUGAAGAACUAUAAACCUAUCAUUUUUAUAGCCAAGUUGUGAUGUGUCAGUCCAUAUCAGUGGCUGAACGCUUCAAAUAUCCGUUUUAACAAGGCAUUCAUUUUAUUCCAAUAAUGUUUAAUUGAUAUGAUCAAAUAUCAGAUACUUUGAAGCUGUUGCCAACAAAUAAAUAAAUGAACAUUACAAUUACACCCAAGUGGAUUGUUAAAACUGAUAUUUUCAAGUGUGUAACGCCACACGAUGCCUACAUAUCGUGAUAUUAGCCCAUAAUGCGAAAGUUGUCAGUGUUCGUUUGGGAAACACGUGUAGUAUAAAAACAAUGUUGAAUUUACCCGCCAGCCAAAAACAACGUCCUGUGCUUUGUGGAACAAACUGUUUGUUAUCCAGUAAUGUAAUUAGUAGACUUCGGUAUAUAAAUGCCCGCUUCGGUUAUAUUUAACAUUAUAACCUGUCGGCACGUUGGACUACAGUCUUAUUCGGAUAAUAGCGCAGAGUGGUGUUCAUGGAAAUGCCUCGUAUAGUAUAAGUUGAGCUUUUCGUAAAGUUGUAGUUUUUUUUUAAUUAUUAUUAUUUAUUUUUUUUCAGAAAUGCCUAUAUAACCUAUAUUGAAUAAAACAGAAAUGAAGGGAUCUCGACUCAGUCUGUCAGUAAUGUAGUUUGUUUAAAGCGAGCAGCAAGAAUAUGGAGCAUAAUUGUGUGUUUGGGGUCACGUGCGCAGUGAUGACAGCAUGAAAACAGUCUGGAUGAGAGAAGGAAGAGCGUGCAGCUGGUCCCCGGCCUUUAGUGAACCCGCCUUGUGAUGCAGUCUCCAUGACAACGGUGGUUUCCUGGGUAACCCCCUCUACCAUGACAUUGUGUUGCAUCUUCCCAAAGACUUUCCAACUAUGGUUAAUGCGCAUUGUCGUCCUUGGAGGGAAAGAGGGGGGAACUACAGCAGAUAAGCGUAUAUUUGGUAGCAGUAACGAGGAUUUUGUAAAUCUAAGUUUUUUAAGCGAUAUAAAUUGGCAUCAGUCAAUCAGUGCUUUUUCAUUCAGGAUUAUUAUGCCUGCAGCUUGAGCACACUGAUAAGUGUGGCAGUAGCUUAACUCGUACCCUGCUUUUGUUUCACUUCAAUAAAAUAGCCUUCCCUCUGUACUUUAGAUGUGAGCUCCAUUCUCUGAGUUGGCAUGCCAACUAGAGAUCUGACGUCAGCUACCUUUCAUCCACACCAACAGACACAUGCACGUGAGCUUUGGAGCUGAGAGCUGAUGUGAUGUAAAAAAAACAAAAAACAAAACGAUAACUCAAUGGAGUCUGCAAAUCAAUUACAGCAUAAAAGGAAAU